GAAUGCUGUGAAUGCUAGGUACGAAUGCUACUCACGCAUGAUACUGCCGAAUUCACUCAUUUAAUUAUAUUGGAACACAUGGGAGGACAAGGGGUAAUUUAAAUGUGUGCAAUGUGCCUGUAUGUAUGCUACCUACUUACUUAUGUAGCCCCUUGUCAUUUUCCACACCCCGUCACUCUUUUCCGCUCUUUUCCCAUCUCUGUCCUUUCUUUUAUUAGUGCUCAAGGAAGUUCCAAACCCUAUAAACAUGAUCUUACUAUAAAAUGAAUCCACUUCCACUCCACUCAAUAUAAGACCAUCAAUCCCUCCACACACGCACCCAGUCUCGCCUUUCAACAACAAAUUUUGCAUAUCAUCUGUCACCGAGAACAUGCCCUUCUUGGAGCUCUUCCAAGCAUCCAUUAAGCCUCCCUGGCCCCGGCGUCUUCUCAACUCCUGAUCUCAAUCUCAUCACCCACGUUCAUUUGGAUAUCGUGUGGAGAGGAGAUAACAAUAACCAACCCAUUAAUCUUUCAAAAAGUCGAACAGAGAGAUUCACUUCGCAGGCCAUAAAUUGAAUUAUGUCUCAAUCACUUACAGACGGCUCCGGUUCGAUGACUUUCGGAAAUUCACACCACGAUUCAGACGAUCAUUCUGACCGCGAACUACCACCACCACCAAAUCCUUCAAGCGAUGCUGCUCUCACCGUCCAUCAAUUUUCAAAUGAUCGUGGAGUGUCCCCACCGUCUCCCAGUAGCAUUGAUAUUUUUACACUUUCGCCAAUAACGGCACUCAAAUUGUUAUGUGCUGGUAUUGAGGCUCUAGUUCAGUUUACAGGAGAUAUUCCUCCAAUGCCAGCUUCGACCGAAACCGAAACGACGAUGCCGAAUAUGAGAGGAAUGCAGGCAGAGAAAGAAAACAUACGACGCUCCGGAUCGUGGACAAACUUGGCAGGUUUUCGACAACGAGCUUCUGGACCAGAUGCUAUAGACGGAGUAAACCUUCGACAAAAGCCUCUCGAAAGACAAGAAAUUGUGCCCGCAGAACCAUAUAUCAUUGUUGGAGAGAAUGCCGAGCCUCUGAAUGUUCAGCAUAGUGCUAUUACACGAAGAUUCUACUCUAGGCAGAUUCCUCCAAUUUCUCUAGAAGAUUAUUUGAUGCGUAUACACAAAUUUUGUCCAAUGUCAACAGCUGUUUAUCUUGCAACGAGUUCCUACAUAUACAGAGUAGCGGUCGAUGAACGUGUAAUACCUGUGACACGGCGAAACUCGCAUCGACUCAUAUUGGCCGGUCUACGUGUAGCUAUGAAAGCACUCGAAGAUCAAAGCUAUUCUCAUGCUCGUUUUGCGCAGGUUGGAGGUGUCAGUGAGCAAGAGCUCUCGAAAUUGGAAAUCAAUUUUUGUUUUCUCACAAAUUUUGAAUUGAAGGCGAAUAAAGAGGCUCUUCUACAGCACGCGAUAAGUCUGAAAGAACUGUCUUCUUUGCAGGGAGGGGUUAACUUCGUUCCGAAUAUGUCGCUCUUAAAUAGGGGUAGAACGAAUAUGACUGCACAAGAAACUGUGGUAGAAGUAACUGCAGACGCCUAGAUGUGCGUUGUGUAUGGCCUAAAUAGGCUAUUGGAAAGUUCGAAAGUGGCCGAGUCAAGAUGGUUACGGCUCCUGAUGGGAGAUGGAUGAUGAGCCAGACAUGGACAGGUCGGAGAUAAAGUUCCCGGGACAGAUUGCAUAUGAAAUGGCCUGAUCACUAGAGAGAACACAAUUGAGAUGGUGAAGGCUACAUACAACACAGAUACGGGAGGCAUCAUUGGAGGCGUUUUAUGAUGGAUACAAGCUUGGAUCACGAUUAUUGGAUGGUAUACUUUGCUCCAAGUCGGCGAGAGGGAUAAUUUGAGGGUGUAGUUUCGUUUGUAGCAUCAUGAGCACUAUCAAUGUGUGUGAUAUAUUGGUACUGGUACCCAAUGAAGGGAGAUUCAGAUUUUAAUGAUAUCCUGAACACAUAGUUUAAUUCAACUUCACUUCUAUUUGCAUG